CCCCCAAGGCGUAAACCUUGUCAUAACCAUAAGCCAUUUUGCAUCACCAAACUGAAGGCCAAAGAUUUACCGAAGACUUCUGCAUUGCCGAAGCUACCAGCUCAUGAACGAAGCAACUUGACACUCAAUGAUUGGCUAACUGUAGUCAAGUAUCAUGAUGACAACCAGCCCAUAUCGCAGGAAGAUGUUGUCAAGCAUUUUGAGAAACCCACUGAGGGUGUUUUUGAUAUUUACUCAAUAGGAGGCCUUGGUUGUUUGUGA